AAUAGGUGACAUACUACUUGGAAAGAGGUGGUGCUAAAAGGAAUCCAGGCGGUAUCAUCUACAACAAGAUAUGUAAUUUGAAAGCCAAAGCACGCAAACGGGAUAAAUCAGAAGAAGAUUAUGCAAAGCGAAUUCGGGCAGGAGCUGAUCAAACGAAAAAGAACAAAGCGUCCUCACUGGCUCUGAACUGGCUGAUGCUCAACGACGGACCGUGGGGCGUUGUACUAGAAAAAUGGAAGGAAAGCUUCGAAUCACGCAACCAUUUCAUGGGGAAGUCUACAGCAGAGUCAAAUUUGCGCAAAUGUAAGAUCUGGAAGCACCUGCAAAGCGAAUUUGGAUGUCAACUGAUUGACGACGACUUUGACUUGAAAUACCCCACCGCUAAGAACGGGAUCGAGGUUUGGGAUGAUUUACUGGUUCACGUUAUUGAUUAUUUGAAAAUCCACGUGAAUGACGAAUUUUCGAUCAGGAUUUUGCAUGAUGUCACGAACACCAGCUUGAGCGACGAUUCUCGUUUGUGUGCAGUCCUGAUAUUGUUAAACUGUGUGCUACCGCCGGUUAGAGUUACUGCAGGCUAUAAACCCACAGUUUCAUCCGCUCAAGAAGAGAUAUUUCUGUUCGACAACACGGAACAGGGCGCAAAACAAAAAUUGCAAGAACUCUAUGCACGACACAAGGACCUCGGAUUACCGCCUGCGCCCAAAUUAAUAGCACUUGGCGCAAACUACAAAGAGCUGCAGGGACACUUUAUUGUUUGCUACGGGGAUCUAAGCUACAAAUUCACAUGUUUGAAGCGCGCUGUGGACGUUUACAUCAAGCUGGCUCUUGUUCUCGGACUGCAACACUCAAAGAUCACGAAGCUGAUUUGGCUGUUCGUUGUCCGGUGUGUCUAUGGUGUUUACGUUCCCGAAAAGUACUCCAACAUCGAAAAGUUGGUGAUUCAUCUUAAUAACGUCAAACAUGUCUAAUGAUAUUGUAUGCUUUGUGAAAGAAUGUACGACUACA